UUUUGUUCCAGUGACCCAUCAUCCGAUGAUCCAAAAUCUGAUUGAGGGAUAUCACGAUACCAGUUGACGAUCAUUAUUGAUCCUUCCACUUUCUAGUACAUACGUAAAUGUAAGAAUUAGUGAAGUGGAUUCACGAACAGAUACGAGAUUAAUAUAUUCUAUAAAUAAUUGAGAUUUUAUACAAGUGGGUGUUGGAAAAAUGAUAUCUGUUAAAGACAAAAUCAAUCCAGAUUUGGUCAAGGAAAGAAACAAAUGCUCCUUUAAUGUUCUGGAAUUAACCCACUUAUUAGAUGGGGGAGUUGAAAAAACCCAGGAAAGGAAGAGUCGCGGUAAGAAGUUUGGUGGCUAUACUAUUUUCAUUUCUAGGGAACUUCUUGGUGGUCAACUAGGAUCUGCAAUUUUGAAAGAUGGUAAUCCUCUAACUCUCCAUUUUGUUAUGUUUAUUCCUACAUUAAUGGGUCAAGGUACGAUUGAACAACAAGCAGAAUGGAUACAAAAAGCCUGGACAUGUGAUAUUAUUGGAACCUAUGCACAAACUGAAUUGGGUCAUGGAACUUUUAUCAGAGGACUGGAAACUACUGCCACCUAUGACCCAAAUACAGAAGAAUUUGUAUUGAAUAGUCCGACUAUAACUGCCUACAAGUGGUGGCCUGGAGGAUUGGGACAUUCAGCAAAUCAUGCUGUCGUCGUUGCACAACUAUAUACACAAGGAAAAUGUCACGGUAUCCAUCCAUUUAUUGUCCAAUUGAGAGAUGAAGAAACUCAUUAUCCUUUACCUGGUAUUAAAAUUGGCGAAAUAGGUUGCAAACUAGGCAUGAACACUACAAAUAAUGGAUAUCUACAGGAUGGUACUUAUGUAAAUUCUCCAAGUAGUAAACUAACCUAUGGGACAAUGAUUUUUGUGAGGGUAGUUCUGGUACAAGAUGCUUCUACUUAUUUGAAAAAAGCCUGCACUAUUGCUACAAGAUAUAGUGCAGUUAGACAUCAAUCACAAAUAAAACCAGAUGAACCUGAACCACAAAUAAUAGACUUCCUAACACAACAGUACAAAUUGUUCCCGAAUAUUGCUGCUUGUUUUGCCUUCCAGUAUGCCGCAAGUUGGCUUUGGGAUACAUACAAUAAUGUAACAGGGGAACUUGAAACAGGUCAAAUGGAUAACUUGCCAGAACUUCAUGCUACUUCUUGUGUUCUGAAAGCUGUAAGUUCUGCAGAUGCUGCACAGGGUAUUGAAACACUACGAAUGUCAUGUGGAGGUCACGGAUACAUGACAUCAUCUAACUUACCUUCUACAUAUGGUCUAGUAACAGCUAUGUGUACUUACGAAGGAGAAAAUACGGUUCUUCUGCUACAAACAGCAAGAUUUCUGAUAAAAGUAUGGCAAAAUAAACAAAACAUCCAAAAUUUGCCAACUGUGAAAUAUUUAGAAAAUGCCCUCAAUCAAAGAAAUCCGUUAGAGAAGUCAGUUAAGUGGAUAAUUUCAGCACUGCAGCAAACAUCUGCUGGGAAAAUUGAUUCAGCUCACAAUCACAUCAGUGAAAGGGUUCGAAGAGGUGAAGCAUAUGAAGAUGCUUGGAAUAAUACAUCUAUUGAAUUAGUGGGUGCUGCAGAUAUUCAUGGUAGAACCAUUAUAGUGGAAACUUUUUACAAUACAAUCCAGAAUAUCACACGAAAAACUUCACCACAAUUGGGACUUGUUCUUCAAAAUCUCUUGGAACUUUAUGCAGUAAAUACUGCAUUGAAGUGUAGUGGGGACUUAUUGAGGUUUACUGAACUCCAAGGAAAGGACAUUCAAAUACUCCAGUCAUGGUUAGAAGAUCUUCUAGCUUUGAUCAGGCCCAAUGCUGUCGGAAUAGUUGAUGGAUUUGAUUUUCGUGAUGAGGUUUUAUCAUCAGCCCUUGGUUCAUAUGAUGGAAAUGUUUACGAAAGAUUGUUGGAAGAAGCACAGAAAAGUCCAUUAAAUGCUGAACCAGUUAAUAAAUCAUUCAAUCAAUAUUUGAAACCAUUUAUUAAAUCAAACUUAUAAUAAAUUUAUUUUUUAUGUGUUUGCGGACCAAUUAUUAUAUUCACAGGUGAUUUUUUUGUUUACCUUGGCAAUUGUUUUUUAACGAAUUUUUUAUAAAUUCAUUUUUGGACUA